CUUAUCGCCGUUGGAUUUGUUGAUAUUUUGAUAACGUCAAACAAGUGCUGGGUUUAUGAUUACAAAUAGAAGAACUGUAGUAGUUCUAACUUUGGUUUGUUUUUUGGGCCAGAGCCCCAUAGAGAUCCGGGAAAUGCAAUACCUCCAUUUUUAACAUUCUUGGUUGGAAUUCAUUGAAGAAAUUUUUUUUUACUUUCCCUUGGGUCUCGAUAAAAAAUGUCAACAACAAAAAUAUGGAAUAACAGAUAAACCUAAGGAACGAGAGAGAAAAAAACUAGGAAGACAGUUUCCAGCAGUAAACAAUAGUAUCAUUUUACACAAUCAAAAUGGCAUUGAAGUGAGAUGGAUAGGGAACAUAGGAAUAUGUAGAUAUGAAACAAUUCUAAAUGUCGGGGAUACGAAGGGAUUCCAAUAGUUCAUUCCGGAGAAUAUCUGUAGCUACUCAGUGGUCAAAGAUUAACAGAGGAUCAAAUCAGGAUGGAUUUGGACGAUGACUUUUUCUUCGAGGAGGACAAAAUUAAGAAAGAUUUGAGUGAUAAUACGACAAAGGAGGAAAAGGAUAAAGGCGAUUUUGAUAUUCUCACUGAACACGUUGAGUCGGAGGAGCUCAUCAUGAUGGAAGAUCGCAUUCCAGAGGUAUCACUGGUUGCGCAAGAGUCACCAUCUAAACAUCAGCUGUUUCUUUUGCAAACGGGUAUGACAAUUACCUCUGGCAAUGUGGUAAUUCACAAAGACAGUAGCAACAUGAUUGGCAUUAGUAUUGGAGGUGGAGCACCCUACUGUCCUUGUUUAUACAUAGUCCAAGUAUUCGACAAUACCCCAACAGCUUUGGAAGGUACACUUCAAUCCGGAGAUGAACUGUGUGCAGUUAAUGGUGCAUCAGUCAAAGGGAAAACUAAAAUUGAGGUGGCCAAGAUGAUUCAGGCUUGUGAUAGUCAGGUUAGCGUCAAUUACAAUAAACUGCACGCCGAUCCUCGACAGGGAAAGACUCUGGAUAUUGCAUUGAAAAAGGUGAAACAUAGACUCGUCGAGGGGAUGGGAAGUGCAACUGCUGAUGCACUGGGCCUUUCACGAGCUAUUUUAUGUAAUGAUGCACUAGUACAACGAUUAACAGCUCUACAGAGGACAGAGAAUUUGUACAGAGGUCUUGUGUCACAUGCCAAGUCUAUGCUACAUGCUUUCUUUGAUUUAACUCAGAUUUAUAAAGUAUUCGGCGAUGCAUUUGCAGCGAUUGGGGUUCGUGAGCCUCAGCCUCGUGCCAGUGAAGCAUUUCGUCAAUUCGGUGAACAGCAUCGUCAAAUGGAAAAAUUUGGGGUGACUAUGCUUAAAGCCCUGAAACCCAUUCUCAGUGACUUAGGAACAUAUCUCCACAAAGCCAUCCCAGACACUCGUCUGACGAUCAGCAAAUACGCCGACGCAAAAUUCGAGUAUUUGUCCUACUGUCUCAAAGUCAAAGAGUUGGAUGACGAAGAGCAGAGUUACGCAGCACUACAGGAGCCCCUGUAUCGGGUUGAAACCGGGAAUUACGAGUAUCGAUUAGUUCUGAGAUGCCGACAGGAGGCGAGAUCAAAAUUUGCAAAAUUAAGAUCUGAUGUGCUCGUCAAGUUGGAGCUUUUGGACAAUAAGCACGUACAGGAUGUCGUUUGGCAGUUACAGAAAUUUGCAUCUGGACUCUCGAAGUAUUACGCCAAUACAAGAGAGCUUUUGGACUCAGCUACGCUCUUUCCAGUCGAAGUAGAUUUAUCACAGUCAGCUUUUCAAUACAAGUCUACGGGGCCGCAGAGUCUGACAGAUAGUGAGGAUAAUGAAUAUCUUGAUGAUCCUGAGGAGAAGAAUGAGGGAAAAUCUAGCAAUGAUGUCUUCAUGCUGGAUACGAGUGAACCUUUGUUACUUAUGCCUGAGUUCAAUGAUCUCAAGUAACAGUGGGUUAAGUCAAAUGGUGAUAGCAUAAUUUACAUUCCACGCCAAAUACUGAAUUCCAAAGAAUUUUAUUGCUUUAGGUAAAUUUUAAUUGAUUUAUGAGAAACUCCAUGUCAAUUUGAAGAUUCAAGUUUUGUCAUUCAUUGGAAAAUAUUAUUGUUGUGAGCGACGUUUUGAGAAAUAACUUCGAAUCUAAGAGAGAUAGCGGAAUAUUUGUAAUAACAUUGAUUGUAGUGCUCAAUUGGCUCCCCAAAAAGGGUUCAAUGAAAAUUUUACCAUUUCCCAUAGAUUUCGAGAUAUUCAUCAAGAACUGGUUGAUAGUCAGAAGUCACUUAUCUAGUUUUACCGCUUCGGUACUAAAUUAUUAAAUUAAUUUGGUUUCAGAUUUUGAGAAAUUUACACAAAAUCACUAACUACAACAAUAACACAAAACUACAAAACUAUAAAAGUGACAAAGUAGUCCAGCAGAGAAAAGCCAAAUUUUGGAAUAUUGGCUUUUUCUGCUGGAAAUUCAUUCUGUUUCGCAAAUUUGUGAAUGUUUUAAUGGACAUGGAACAGCCAUAAAUACCCUAUUCUAUUAUUUAAUUUAUGAAUUAUUAUUGUUGUGCGUAAUGAUUUGAGUAUGUAUACAAAUGCUUGUAUACAGAAAGAUUCUUUCAGCGUUAUGAAUUCUGAAUUUACUUAAUUUAAUCUAUCAUUUCAAGAAGGAAUAAAGAUUAAAAUUAUCAAUUUA